UGGACUCUGGCUGGGGUACGACCAGGGUGUCAGUUGGCUUUGAAAGCACGGAGGCAUUGGCCGGAGGCGUGCUGGACAAGGAAGGACAGGUCUGUUGCUAGGAGCUGGCUGGAAGGGACAGCUAGAAGGCACGAAACCACCACUACUAUCUCAGCUGCCAUCAUGGAGGUUUUGCCCCAUGCCCCUUCCAAGGAAGCUUAUCGUGCGGCGAUGGUGCUCUCUGGUGCUGGAGAUGCCCUUGGCUAUCGCAACCAGCACUGGGAAUUCUGCACCUCAGGGCCUCAGAUCCACCAGGAGCUCCAGGAACUGGGAGGCCUUGGCAAAAUUUGUGCAGCCCUUCCUGACUGGCCAGUCAGCGAUGACACCGUGCUACACCUGGCCACAGCCGAGGCCCUGGCAACCGGGAAGGAUGGUGAGCUGCUGUUCCAGGAGAUGGCCAGGCGCUAUGUUGAAGCCAUGAAAGACAUGAAGGGGAGAAAGCCCGGGCCCUCGAGCAUUCUGGGAACAUCUCAGUUGUGUCCCGGGGAGCCAGGUGGAUAUCGCAUUCCCUUCAACCCCAGUGGAACAGGCUGUGGGGCAGCCAUGAGGUCCAUGUGCAUUGGGCUUAGGUAUCCUCGACCUUCGGAUCUCAAGACCUUAGUCCAAGUCAGCGUAGAAAGUGGAAGGAUGACGCAUCACCACCCAAUAGGGUAUCUUGGGGCCCUGGCUUCUGCCCUCUUCACCUCUUACGCAGCGCAGGGCCUCCCCCUUGAGUGCUGGGGCUCAGGAUUGCUCAAGACCCUCCCCCUUGCCUUGGAGUACGUUCAGGGUGGUGUGGUGGAGAGUGACUCCAAUUCGGAGGCCUGGGCCUAUUUCCAAGAGAAAUGGGAACGGUACCUCUCGGAGCGGGGCGUCGCUGAUGGCCAAGGCCCUGCGCAGUUUCCUCCAGACUAUAAUCCAACUGAGCGUGAUGCCAUCUAUAAAACCUUCAGCCUGGAAGGGUGGGCUGGGCAGAGCGGUCACGACGCCCCCAUGAUUGCCUACGAUGCUCUGCUGGGUGCAGGGGACAGCUGGGAGGAGCUGUGUGGGCGUGCCAUGUUCCAUGGGGGGGACAGUGACUCUACAGGGGUGAUUGCCGCGUGCUGCUGGGGCCUGACUCACGGAUUCAGAGGAGUCCCGGAAGGAAACCACAUGGAGCUUGAGUACCGGGGUAGGAUGGUGUCUGCUGCUGAUGCACUCUAUCGUCUUGCUUGGGGACAGAUGUCUGUUUGAGAGAACUUUACCUUAAAUAGCAUCCAGUGGUGCAGCUAGGUAAUUGUAGUCCCUAGACUUAAUGGUUUUAUGGGGACCCCAUUUUCACAGCCUCCUUGUGUAUUACUUCAGUUGUAAACCACACAACUAACAUUUCUCUCCCCCAUGCCAUCCCCAUUCCGUGAGAACUCUGACAGCGUUCUGGUUUUUCCCUCCACCCCAAACUCAGAACAGCUGUAAGCUUUG